UUCAUAAAGAAAUCAAAUAAUCAAAUACCGCAUUCAUAAUUGGAACACCUUGUCAGCAUCUUUACCAUUAUUGAGUUAGGGAUCCAAAGCCCCCACCUUUCUCCAUUUUCUUUCUUGGAUUCCCUCUCAUUCUCUUACACUACUCACUUUCCCGGAAACCCAUUUCCUCACUUUCCCGGGAAAAUCAUAAAACAAAGAAGCAGAAAUGAAUUCUAUAGUGUCAAUUCUUGAUUCUUGAUACCAUACUGUGGAUAUUUGAUUCUUGAUUCUUGGUAUGUUAUUUUCUUAAUUUGAUUCUUGAUUCUUGAUUGUAGAAUUGAAUAGGAAAUGGCAACAUCAAGAGAAGUAUCAACAAUGAUAAAACAAGGAUUUAUAUCAGAUUCAACUCUUUCUUUUUCACCUUCAAGAACUCCUAAUUCUUCUUCAACUAGGCUACUACUAAACUCUCCAACUAACUCUAACAAACCCCUACUCUCACCUCCUCACUUCAACAACUCCUCCACCGAGUUAACUCACCCACCACCGCCGCCCCCACCAACUCGCUCUGCUCACCACCACACAACCCUUUUCCAAAUGAUGUCUGAAGAGCAAUCUUUAGAACUCAACCGCCAAAAAACCCAGUCAAAAAUCUCUAAACUAGUUAAAGAAUUUGAUGGCUUCAACAACAAUGGUGUGUUUGGAUUCGGUGAUGUGAGGCUCACUGUGAUUGGGAGAGAUGGGUUUAAGGUUUCCUGUGAUGUGCACAAAAGGGUAUUGAUGGAAAAGAGUGGCUUUUUUAGUGACAAGUUGAAAGAUAGACAAAAAGGGAUUGUGCAUUCAAUUGAGAUCAGUGAGUGUGAUGAUGUUGAGGUGUAUCUUGAGAGUUUGGUUUUGAUGUAUUCUGAUGAUUUCAAGAAAAGAUUGAUGGGUGAGGGUGUCACCAAGAUUUUGGCUUUACUCAAGGUGUGUGCUGAUAUCAUGUUCGAUGCUGGGAUAAUGUCAUGCUUAGAAUACUUAGAAGCCGUGCCAUGGACGGAGGACGAAGAAGAAAAGGUCAUAUCCCAUCUAAGUCAACUUCAACUUCAUGAAUCGGCCACUGAAGUUCUUCAGAGAGUUUCAUGUGAAUUAUCGACUUCUUGUCGAGCUGAUGACAUCUUCACGAAACUGCUGAAUGGUGUUCUACAGGCCAAAGAUGAUAAAGCUCGUCGAGAGAUGAAAACUGUAAUUUCUCGUUUAUUUAAGGAAGAUUCAUCUAAUCAUGAUAGUAGGCUCGAUGUUUCUAAAGAUACCCUUUAUUCUCUUUGUCAUGGAUGUCUCAGUUCUCUUAUCCUAUGCUUGUCUGAAGCUACAUGCGUAGAUGAUGAUAAGCGUGAUCGUGGAGUUUUAAUGAGUGAAAUAGCUCGAGAAGCUGAAAAUCUACAAUGGAUUGUCGAUAUUUUAAUCGAUAAAAAAGAAGCAGAUGAGUUUGUAAAACUGUGGGCAGAUCAGAAGGAGCUUGCAGUUCUCCAUUCAAAGAUCCCGACUAUCUACCGACAUGAAAUCAGCAAGGUUACUUCACAACUAUGCGUUGCCAUUGGCAGAGGACAAAUCUUGGUGCCGAAAGAAGCUCGGUUUUAUUUGUUGUCUACUUGGUUGGAACCACUUUAUGAUGACUUUGGGUGGAUAAGGAGGGUUUGUAAAUCUGUCGAUAAGAAAGUAGUCGAGGACGGACUAGGGCGAACAAUUCUUACACUUCCAUUGAUUCAACAGCAAGCUAUAUUGCUAAAAUGGUUCGACCGAUUCUUAAAUAAAGGGGAUGACUGCCCCAAUAUUCAGAGAGCAUUUGAGAUUUGGUGGAGAAGAGCUUUUAUCCGACAGUAUGCGGCUGAGCAAAGCAAUUCCGAGUUGCAAUUAGCCGUUUGCGAUUACCCUAACUGAAAGGUACAUCCAAUCAAGUCAUACAAAAUAUAAAGUCCAAACUGUAUGUACAUAUCCAGUAAUAUUCAUUUUAUCUGAUACUUGGGGGAUUCAACUCCUGUGAUAUGAACUGUAUUCUUUGGAACAUUCUGUGUUAAAAUAUAAUGAGAUUGAGAAACAACCAUUUGUAGGAAGAUUGAGAAAGAGAAGAAUUGUAUGAUAUGUAUGCGUAAUGUGCUGCCAAUUAUGUCGGUAA